AGCAACCAUUCAACAAGUUACGUAACAUCCGGGGAAAACACACACAAAACAGAAAUGGCUAAAGCAGCAGCAACAAAAGAAAAAGAUCCUUUAAAUUUCGUUCACCAAAAUGCAAUUUUAUGUGAAACGAUUACAAAGGAACAACGGCAUCAAAAACUGUACACAAAUUACAGCGUAAACCCAUUUAAGAAAAUUCAUGUCAUCACUGGGAAACCCAAUUCUAGACAUGACACGGAGGAGGGUGAAGAAGACAGUCACUUCAAAAAUGUUAUCAAAAGAGCCAAUCAAGAACCAGUAAAGAAGUAUGUCUACCCCCAAACAGAGUCCCAGGAAAUCGGAUGGAUUACCAAGCCCCUGAUUGACUCAGAUAGAUCGGAUCGCAGGCUUAACUUUUACAGACAGAAUACUCCUAUCACCAAAUAUAUGGAUGCCGCAUGGAGAGUUAAGGAACAAACAGAAAAUAUGAACUAGGAAUUAGUACAGUUUUAAUUUACACGCCUCUAUUCAUUUGUUGAAAUCAUCGAUAUCACUGAAAUUGUUAUUGUGUGUUGAAGUGCAUGACAAAGUCACAUCCUAUUAUAUGCAGGAUAAUCUGCAAUACUGUACAUAAAAAAAACAGGUGCUGUGUCAAAGUCAUGUCUAAUUUUAGAUGUUAUUUGUUAUAAUAAAUGCGGGUUUUCAAGAACAUGUACAAAAGCCUGUUACCACAAAUGUAUUGUAAUAAUUUUUCAAAUAAAUUUUAACACAUACACAAUG